GAUGUUUUGCAGAGCACCAGGAUGUGGCUGUUCCUGACCAUUGCUUAUUUAAUGUGCAUCGGGGAAAAGUCAGAUGCAAACCCCGAGGUCUCCAUGGAUGUUGGUGAAAUCGUCCGCUACCACGGGUACCCCUACGAGGAGCACGAGGUGCUGACGGAUGAUGGCUACUACCUGGCCCUGCAGAGGAUUCCUCACGGCAGGGGCAACCCAGGCAGCAGGAGCAUCUCCCAUCAAGCAGAGGCACGGGGCUCCAGCAUGUUCUGUCCCCCUCCAAAGGCUGUGGUCCUCCUCCAGCACGGGCUGGUGUUGGAGGGAAGCAACUGGGUUACCAACUUGCCCAACAGCAGCCUGGGCUUCAUCCUGGCCGACGCCGGCUACGACGUGUGGAUCGGGAACAGCCGGGGGAACAGCUGGUCACAGAAACACAGAGAGUUUGACUUUCACCACCAGGAAUACUCAGCUUACAGCUUCCACGAGAUGGCCAUGUAUGACCUCCCAGCCACCAUCAACUACAUCCUGCAGAAAACCGGGCAGGAGCAGCUGUACUACGUGGCUUACUCUCAAGGCACCACCACAGGUUUCAUUACCUUUUCAUCCAUUCCUGAACUGGAUCGCAAAAUCAAGAUGUUUUUUGCCUUGGCUCCCAUCACUGUGAACUCCAACAUGAAGUCACCCUUGGUGAAAGUGUUCGACCUUCCCGAGGCACUGGUUAAGCUCGUUUUAGGACACACGGUGGUCUUUGAUAAGGGCCAUAUCUUGAAGCAAGUGAUCUCUGCUGUGUGCACCUACCCCAUCUUCAGGAGUAUUUGCCCCUUGGUCCUUUACUUGCCCGGUGGCUUUACCAGCAGCUAUAAUAUGAGCCGCAUGGACGUGUACAUGUCUCGCUACCCUGACUCAACAUCCAUAAAAAACAUGCUCCACUGGCGCCAGCUCUAUCAAACAGGGGAAUUCAAGUAUUAUGAUUAUGGCAGUGACAACAUGCUCCAUUACAACCAGACCUCCCCUCCCUUCUAUGAGCUGGAGAAGAUGAAGGCCCCGCUGGCCGCGUGGUACGGGGGCAGGGACUGGAUUUCAGCCCCUGAGGAUGUGAACAUCACCCUGCCCCGGAUAACCAACCUGGCCUACAAAAAGUACAUCCCCGACUUCGUCCACUUUGACUUCCUUUGGGGCAAGCAAGUGUAUGAACAAGUCUACAAAGAAAUGCUGGAUCUCAUGGAGAAGAGCUCCUAGAGCUGGAGCUGUGGCCACUGGGGGCUUCUCAGUGACUUCUGGGGCUUCUUUGGUUUGGAGGGGAAAAAAAAAGUGAAGAAACAAAAGAGGGAAAAGGCUCAGUAAAUUGCUACACUUGA